AUGGCAUCAGUAUAUACAACCAAAAGAGGUAAAACCAAGAAAGCUAAAUUAGGUAUUCGUAAAGAUUCAAAUAAUAAUGCAGCAAAUAAAUUGAAUUGUAAAAUUUCCAAUCCAGGAAAGAAACCACAAGCAGAAGCACCAACUCUUUUCAAAUCUCAACAAGAGUUAUUAUUAAGACAAAGAGGUGAGAGUUCAGACCCAACUUUGGCAUUAACAGCAAAAUGCAGUAAUUCAAAAUGUAAACCAGAUAAAACAGCAAGUGAACCACCAAAACUCUCAUUAUGUUCAGCUUGUAAUUCUGUAUCCUAUUGUCGUAGAGAAUGUCAAGUUGAACAUUGGCCAACUCAUAAAACUAAAUGUUUACAAAUUAGACAAUCAAUUGAAGAUGAUGCAAAGAAAUCUUUAAAUUUAUUAUCUGCUCAAAUGGAAUUAUUAAAAACUCAAGAAUCAAAUUCAUUAAAACCAUUUGAUGCAACAUCUAUGGUUGUAGGUGAAAAUCCAUAUGCAACAAAGAAACCAAUUAAAAAAGAAAAAACAAAUCAAAAUGAAGAGAAACAGGAGGAGGAGGAGGAGGAGGAAGAGGAUGUUGAAAAGGAAAAUGAGAAUAAAAAUGAACAACAACAAGGUGGGGAAACAAAAGUAAAUUGGUCAUUAUUUUCAAAUGAAGCUGAAAUUGAAGUUGAUGAUAGUCAAGAUGAAGAAAGUGAUGAGGAAAGUGAUGAAUAA